UCCCGCUGAGAUAGUGUGAACCCAAGUCAACAUGGGCGGUGUUCUGGGAAAGCCGAUGUUUCUUGUAAGAAACCUGUUGUGGAAAGUCCUGUUCUCUUGGUGGAUGAAGCCCAUAGAAGCGCCUGAUGACGUCACAGGUCUGACGCCCACCCAAGUCCGACUUCUCCAGGAGUCUUGGAAGGUCAUCCUCCUCCAUAAGAGACAAAAUGGUUUUCUCAUCUUUAGGAUAUUGUUCACGGACUAUCCUAUGACGAAGAGUCUGUUCAAAGGCAUCGACAAGGUUGACCCUGAACAGUAUGAGAAGACCACGUCCAUGCGAGCACACGUCACACGCUUCAUCAACAGUUUCGACACCUUCAUGGAGUGUCUGGAGGAACCCGAAUCCCUGAAAAAACUUCUGUACGACACCGGCAAGGCACACCUCAGACACAACACCAAACCAGAGCACUUUGAUGAUCUAGAAGUGGUGAUGAUGAAGUCCCUGAAGGCGGUGCUGGGACAGAAGUUUACGCAGUCGGUAGAGAAGGCCUGGAAAACAGCGUUCUUAUUCUUCAUAGUCCACCUCAAGAUGGGGGUGCAGGACGGCUUACGGGGGCGGGAGGAAAAAGACUCAAGUGUAGUAGUGACGGUGGAAUGAUGUGGACUUACAAAUCCUGAGCAGAAAUGAGGAGCAGACCAAGAUGGUAUCUAGCUAUAUAUAGGCUUUUUCUGUAAAU